AUGCCGAACUUGGCGUUUUCUCCGGUUGGGCCUCAGCAGCCUCCUCUACACGACCGCGGCAGCGGCGAGAAAGAGAACGCUAAUGCUGCCUCCUCGCCCCCCGUCGGCAGCAUCACCAAGAAAGCCGCAGUCGCCCCCGCUGGCUCGACGGUGGUGCGCUCGCCGCUUGAGAGCCUCGCGGCGGGGACGAGUAUCGUCUGCAAACGGGACUCUACCUGCAAGUGCCCGGACUGCGACAUGGCCGCCGCAGUGUUCGACAUCAAUGACCUGCGGCAGGUGGGCGGCGGGGGCGGUAUCCCGAGCUCUCCCACCGCUGGUGGCAUUCCUCCUCCAAGCGGUGUUGGCGGUCUGGCGCGGAGCCCGCUGGCCGGCGGGGCCAGCAGGGAUGUUGCGAGGGACGACCACGAUGGUGCGCUGCCGACCUGGACUCCAGCCCCUGCAGGCGAAGGUGAAGGUCGACAGGAGGCCGCGGUGAUGCCCCCGAAGCCAGCCGUUGCCGUUGUCGAUUCUCCCGCCGCGUCGCCGGUGCCCGACUCCGCCGCCCGUAAUGUGCCGCACAACGCGAAGAAGGCGGAUAUGACCGCGACGUCGUCUGCUCCAGACGGCGAGCACGACGCCGCUGUUCACAAGCAGCCCGGCGAGUCAUGCGGCGGAGCGUCUGAAACGGCGGCGGGUGGUGAGACCCCAGCGGCGGCGAGCGCUAAGAGCGCGGGGAGCAAGAAGAAGGGCUGGGGGUUCAGGAUGGCCCGGGCCGUGUUCUCCCCGCUAUCGCCAAGGAGAAAGCAACAGGGAGAUGCCGGCGGCGACGGUAAGAGCGGGACUACGGCGGCGUUGGCGGGCGAGCUCGACGACGAGGCUACCGCGGCUGCUGCCGGCGCCCCGCCGUUGGUAGAAACGACGGUGGAGCUGUCUGCAACGGCUGAGCCGGCGGCAAUGUCGGAGCCGGCAGCAACGUCCGAGCCGGCAGCAGCGGCGGAACUGGCGCCACCGGCGGACAAUGAGAUCCCCAGUUCUGCAGGUGCCGGCAUGGGCGCCGGCGGCAAGCACGGCAACACCGGAGCGGCUGACGGCAAUGACGGCAAUGACGACCUGCUCUCUGGCGACGAAUCGGCCCAGGAAGAGGAGGAGGAAGGACCGGUGGAACACGAGGAUGGGGAUGCCGCCGCUGCUGCUAUUGGCGGCGGGACCUGCAAGCCGCCGGUGGCUGGCAACGCCGCCGUUGCCGCCGGUGUCAGCAGCAGCACCAGCGUCCCAGAGGACAGCAACGCCGCAGCUACUGGUAGUGCUGCAUGUGGGGGUAUGGAUGUGUUCUUGGGGGAGAGAUCGGCGGCGGCGGCGGCGGCGGCAAGGCGGGCAUCGAGCGGGCGAAGGCUGUCGAAGGACCGAUAUUUCGAGUGCAGCUCGGAGGUCGAACACGUCCUGGCCUCCGACUCCGAGUCAGACUCAGGCGACAAAGACGUCGACCCGUCCUCAUCAAAGGAGCAAGCUUUAGAGUCAGAGCAAACUUCAGAGCAACCAGCUCCUCCGGUGAACGAGACCAACAGCGACCGCAUCUCAUCGUCUCUGGCCGCUGCCCCGUCGACACCGGUCACUCCGGCUGCCGCAACUGCUAGCAGCGCCCGCGCGUCAUCUGCUACACCGAUGUCUCUACUGCCGGUGGUCGAAGCGGAUAGCCCCGCGGCAGCGCUGGAGGCUGCUGUGGCUGCGGCGAAGGCUGCCGAUGUCAACGGAGACGUUGAGCCCGGAGGGAUCACUGUCGCGGCGGACUCAGCCCCGUCCCAAAAAGUUCUCGUUCGGGUGGCUCCAGGCGAAGAAACCGAUGUCGAUGUUGGUGCCGCCGCCCCUGCUGAUGAAGCUACCGCUACGCAGGCUGCUACCGCGACGUACCCCCCCGAAGGGUCAGGAGGUGAAGCCAAUGCCCACGACGGCAAGGAGAAGGGUGCUGCUCAAGACGAGGCCCAGUCGCAGGCAGGGGGGGCGCGUGGUUUGAUGGGUCUGGGCAGGAGGCGAAACAGGCGUCAGGGGACGCAGCUGGAACUUGGGAUGGCGGAGGCCUAUGGUCACGAAGACCACAGGGCUAAGUUUUCCCAAGCAGAGGUUGAUGCCAAGAUCAAGGAAAGGUUGGCAGAAGAGCAGUCGGCUUUCGAGAAGACGGUGAGUGGCCUCAAGUCGACACACGAGGCCGACCUGCAGGCCGCCGCGGACAAGCUCCAGCAGUCAAGCUCGGACGGCAACCGCGCAAAGAUCGCCGCGAGGGACGCGGAGGCUCUCGAGCGCGAGAUCGCCAUGCUCUCGGAACGCUACGGCGAAGCUGCCGCCGAGGCUAAGCAUAGCGGAAAGAUUCUGCUGGAGAAGGAGGCACUGCUGGACGCCGUCACCGCACAGCUGAUGGGGCUGAAGAGCGACCUGGCGACCACCCGAGCGGAGCACGCUGCGGAGAAGCAGCGGAUGACAGAAACGGCUGAUUCCGAAAGGCGGGCGCGUUCCUUAGCGGAGAGCAGGCUCCAACAGCUGGAAGUGGCGUACAACAAGCUAGAGGACUCUGAGCGGGAGAAGCGUGCCGCCGGUAUCCUCAAGAUGAAGAACGACAUGAAGGCGCUUGCUCAGCAGCAGUUCGCGGGGGCCAACAAGCAGCACGCCGCGCUGAGGGCUAGGCUUGAGCGUUCCGAGGCGCAGACGAGGCUUCUGGAGGAGGCGGCAAAGGAAUUCAACGCCAAGCUGGAGACCGCAGGACAAAAGUCAACGGAACUCAGCGGCCAGGUGGAGGCCCUCCAGAACGAGAAGGUGGAGGCUGCCGCGAGUGCCUCUCGGAGGGAACACGUUCUCCAACAAGAAGCUACUGCUCUCAGGAAUGACGCCGAGUCUCGACUGGAUGAGAUGGAGGCCAUGGCCCGAGAGCGCGAUGCAGCCAACAGCGGAAGGGACGUAUCCCAAGAUGCUCUGGCCCGCAUGGCAAUCCGCAACACGCAGUUGAAGGAGUCGGUGGCCGAUUUGGAGGGCAAAGUGAAGGAACUCGAGGGCUUCUGCACGGAGGCUCUGGAUGAGCUCGAUAGAGAAAAGGUCAAGAACGCCAAGCGCAUAUUCGCUGAGGGUGGAAAGUGAUGGUAUUCAAUACUGGAGGAGCUUUUGUUGGACAUGCUGUCGAUGUGGUGAUGU